GAAUYUAAGUUUCACGAUUUGAUUUUGCUUACUGAAAUUAACUUGGUAACGAUUUUCUGAUGCGUUUGAUACGUAUAGUCUAAUGUAGCGUUAUAAUGUGGAAACAGGCGCUAAAUAAAGAAUUUUUUAGCGCAUUUCCCCCCCAGAUAAAUCGCGCAAUAGAGAAAUAAAAAGCAGAGAAACUCCUGUUGAUCUCUGUUGAGUGAAGGGCAUUUCUGCUGCAGGAGGACUAGGACCAGGUGAAGCAUGCUUUGUGGCGUAUUUCAGUCUGCACAGGAUGAAUGCAGAUGUCCCCUUCUCUCUAAACUAUUCUCUUCAGACUCGGGCAGCCCCUUGCUGAGUUGGUCGCAAUCAUUGUUUCUCUGCAGCAUUAACCACAUUCCAGAGAGGCGCAUCGCAUCCCGUCUCCUUCCCCACAUUCCAGAGAGGCGAACGAGUCCCCCGCGUAAAAACGCCUUUAAAUUCAAUUCCCCCGCUCUCACUGCGCACAUACCGGAAUAAGAAGCAUWUGUGUGGAAUAUGGGAUUAUCCAACACGGUCUAGCUUCCACUGAAGCGGCUGUAAGAGAAAUCUAGAGGAAAAACCAACAAGGAGAAAUUCCUCCGCGCAGCGCGCCAUUGACUGUAAAGACCUUUCAACUUAACAAAAACUGAAGUUGACAAACGCAUCGCUGUCGGCUGAUACUGUGAGAAAGAGUUUGGUUUUCGGCGCUGGGAGGGAAGCGGAAGGGGACGAUGCGGCUUGCGGUGCGGGUUUGCUCCUCGGCCGGCGGUUUUGCGUGAAGGAGCGACGGCUGCGCGGCGGCGUUUUGUUUUGAUUUCCAUGUGAAACACAAUUAGAGCUCCGCGGAGCGCAGCGCACUCUCAACUUGUUUCUCGCCUCUGGAGCGCAACAUGGAGCGUUACGAGGAGGACCUGGGACUCCGGGCCGCUACCCUGAUGGAGGAUCUUUCCCUGUACGAAGCCUACAAAGACGGGAUGUACAACGCGAGGAGGGACUUKGUGAUAAACCCAGAUUUGGACUUCUCCGCUCCGGCGGUGGCGGGGCUGAAAACCAAGCCGAUGAAUGGUACCUCUGUGCUCCACCAGCAGCAUCACACUUUGGAGAAUUUCACGCCGGGGAAUAAAGUGUACAACGCGGCUCCUGUGCGUCCCGUGAACUGCAGCCGGCCGGUUCCCGUGGAUUUCUGCGCCCCUCAGAGAGACUCUCCGUACAGYGAGGAGGGCUGCUGCACCAAAUCCGAAGUGGCUCUGCCGUGCUACUCUGGCACGUCCGAGAGGCACCGGAGGUACUCCUUAGAGGUGCAGGGCCACAGGUACAGCACCGGCUCCACCUUUGAUGGAGUGCCUCUCAACAAAGCGGUGCCGCUGCCCGRCAACAGGUGCAACAGUGUCUGCAUAACCAGCAGCAGCCACGACGGGAGGUACGGCGCCGCCAGUCCCCGCUCCAGCCUGGCGUCGUCCCUGUCCUCUCAGGAGCAAAGCAAGCAUGCCAGCCCGCGAUCGAGCAUCAGCAGCCCGCGCACCAGCCUGGUGGUACCGGGUCAGGAUAGGUACACCAGCCCCAGGACCAGCUUGGUUCACUGUGAGGGCAACAGCAUCCUCAGCCCUCGAUCCAGCUAUGCAAGCACGGCCAGUGACACGAGCAAACACUCCAGCCCCCGGACCAGCCUCAACAGCUGCGACUGCUGCAGCAAGCCCAGCAGCAACCGAACCAGCGGCAUCAGCAUGGGCUACGACCAGAGGCACACCAGCCCCAGGUCGAGCACGGCCAGCCAGUACUCCUUCACCACCAGCCCGAGAUCCAGCUACUCUGACUCGCGGUACGGGCCUGUGGUCAACCAUGACCUGGAGGGGUCCAUGAUGCUGCACGCUGCGCCGCUGGCCAGUCCCCGCUCCAGCAUCUGCAGCCAGGACGGGAGCGCCAGGCCGGGGACCGCGGCGAACUGCGUGGUCAGCCCGCGAUCCAGCAUCUCCAGCCACAGCUCCAGAAGCUCCCGCAGCUCCCGGGGGUCAAUGAGCACCUACCCGGACCUGCAGCUGCCCUCGCCCAGGUCAUCCAUGCUGGGCAGCGGUCUACCCGAGGACGCCUUACUGCAGGAGUACGGAGACUCUAACGGGGCUCAGAUUCGCACCCAUCUGCAGACGGUGUCCGAACCGCAGCCGCAGCUGGCUCAAGCCGGGGGGACGGUGGAGAUAAGCGCCGGCUCGCCGUCCUCCUUUAGCUACGGCGUGUCGUCAAAGACGGCCUCGUCAGGGCAGAGGUAYAAGUUACCUUACCAGGUGACCCCCAGCCGAGAGAAUGGGCCGAGCCAGGCGGAGAAACGGCUGGAGGCGCUCACCUUGGAGCUGGAGAAGGAGUUGGAGAUGCACAUGAAAAAGGAAUACUUUGGUAGGUUUGUUGACUUUUUGAGAAACAAGUAAUUUAUCUAUCCGACACUGUUACUGUUGAUCUAAGUUA